CAGCCGAGCAAGCGGGGCGGAGAAAGUGAGUUAGAGAGAGCAGCUAACGCUACAUUACUCCCAGAAGAAAAAAAAAAAAAAGAAACGCUCCAACCCGGAGUCGGAUGAAGACUGCAGCUGGACUUUGCAGGAAAACUUUGUUUCUUAAAUCUGCAAUCGGACAUUAUUAAUAAGCAAAUCGGGCAUCAACAAGAAGCGGGCGCUGCAGAGUAGGGCAGCGGGCAGGGCGGCUCUGUGACCCGGGGGAGACCGGACACCACCACCAUCGGAAAGGACAGCAAUAAACCCGUCAGGAUGCGGGGUCUGGCCAGCGCCUCCCUGUCCAUGGGCUCUCUCAGCCUGCUCCGUCUCCUCGGGGUCCACUGGUCCUGGGGUCUGGCCGUCAGCCUGGGGGUCUACCUGGGCACUGGGGGCUGGCGUUACCUCCGCAUCGUGGUCAAGACUGCCAAGAGAGACCUCAUCGGCCUGUAUGUGCUCCUCCGGGUCAAGUUCUCCCUCUACAGACACCUCCGGGCUGGCAGCACGAUCCCCUCCAUCUUCAGCGCCACGGCCCGCAGGCACCCGGGCAAGCCCGCCCUGAUCCAGGAGGGCACCGGGGAGGUGUGGAGCUUCUCCCAGCUGGAGGAGCUGUCCAACGGGGUGGCCCAGCUCGUGCUGUCCCUGGGACUGGCUCCUGGAGCCGUGGUGGCUGUGUUCAUGGAGAGCCGGCCCCUCUUCGUGGCUCUGUGGCUGGGCAUGGCAAAGGUGGGCGUGGAGGCCGCCCUCAUCAACUUCAACCUGCGACGGGAUUCGCUGCUGCACUGCGUGGGCGUGUCCGGGGCGCGGGCUGUCAUCUUUGGGGCGGAGCUAGCAGAGGCGGUGUGGGAGGUGAGAGAGUCCCUCAGUAAAGACAUGCUGUGCCUCUGUACUGGAGAUCUCAGCCCUGAUCAACUGCUUCAGAUCGGAGCGAAACCCCUGGAUCCUCUGCUGGCCUCGGCUUCCAGACUGCCUCCCCCAGUCACACACAGCAAGGGCUUCAACGAUCGCCUCUUUUAUGUCUACACGUCUGGUACCACCGGCAUGCCCAAAGCAGCCAUUGUAGUGCACAGCAGGUAUUACCGCAUCGCUGCCUUCGGGUACCACUCCUUUGGAAUGCGUCAUGAUGACGUGCUGUACGACUUCCCUCUCUACCACUCUGCAGGGAACAUCAUGGGAGUGGGGCAGUGUCUGAUCAACGGUCUCACUGUUGUCAUCAAAAAGAAAUUCUCAGCCAGCAAAUUCUGGGAGGACUGCAUCAAAUACGACUGCACUGUGGUGCAGUACAUCGGGGAGAUCUGCCGGUACCUGCUGAGCCAGCCCCGCUGGGCCCAGGAGAACAGGCACCGCGUGAGGCUGGCUGUAGGGAACGGGCUGAGACCCAGCGUGUGGGAGGCCUUCACUCAGAGAUUCAACAUCAAGCAAGUGGGGGAGUUCUACGGGGCCACAGAGUGCAAUUGCAGCAUCGCCAACAUGGACGGGAAGGUGGGAUCGUGUGGCUUCAACAGCAGGAUCCUGCCCAAUGUCUACCCCAUCCGACUGGUCAAGGUGAACGAGGAAACCAUGGAGCUGAUCAGAGGCCAGGACGGGCUGAGUGUGCCCUGCGCACCUGGAGAGCCCGGGUUGCUGGUGGGUCAGAUCAAUCAGCAGGACCCCCUGCGCAGGUUUGACGGCUACGCCAGCGAGGCAGCGACCAGCAAGAAGAUCUGCAACAACGUGUUUAAACAGGGAGACACAGCCUACCUCUCAGGAGACGUGCUGGUAAUGGACGAGCUGGGCUACAUGUAUUUCCAGGACCGCAGUGGGGACACGUUCCGCUGGCGAGGGGAGAACGUCUCCACCACGGAGGUGGAGGGGACCCUGAGCUCCCUGCUCAACCAGGCCGACGUGGCCGUGUACGGGGUCCCAGUGCCAGGUGUGGAAGGGAAGGCAGGCAUGGUCUCUAUCGCAGUGCAGGACGGUCUCUUCGACCCGGCUCAGUUCUACACAGAGAUCCAGAAGGUUCUGCCCCCGUACGCCCGGCCCGUCUUCCUGAGAAUCUCCCCCGAAGUGGCCACCACAAGCACUUACAAGAUCCAGAAGACGCGUUUACAGAAGGAGGGGUUUGACCCCCGCCACUCCCCCGACCAGAUCUACUUCCUGAACUCGCGGGCGGGGCGCUACGAUCCCCUGGACGAGAGUCUGCACAGCGCCAUAGUGGAGGGGCGGGUCUCUGUGUGAGAGCCAGGCUGGGGCGCUCAGCCACACUGACCCCCGGCAAAUUAGUUUCCCAUGACCCCGGCCUGCUUUCCCAUCGAUACGUGCUAAAUACCGCCCCCCUGCGAACCUUGUAUCUCAAGUGCAAUUCAAAGAGUUCAUCGAGUAACACAGCUGUCUUAAGCAAUGGUUUGUGUUGUUUAGAGUCACUGUGUGUCGCUUUGUGUUUGUCGUUCAUCCCUGAAGUUUAACCCUCCCCUUGACCUCUGUAUUGCUUCGCAAACGCAUCUUCUCUCUGAGAACAGUGGGAACACCAGAGUGUCAGCAUUAGCAUGCCCCCAGUGCAACACUGCCCCCGAUGGAAGAAAUCCAAAAUACACACACACACUGGCACUGCCACAGGUCGGGGAGGUACUGUGAGCAGCGACUGUUUCUCCUCAUCGCUCUACAGCGCCCCCUACUGGCAAGGCACCUGGCACACUCAAAGGAUACAUAAUAAUGUAAUAACAUCUUUAUUUUUAUAUAGCGCCUUUCAUAGUGGACCACCGUCACAAGCGCUUUGCUGAGG